UUAUUAUGUCCGUUAAAUUGUUCAUCGGUGGUUUGUCAUGGGGAACUGACGACCAUUCUCUUAGGACGAGGUUUGAAGAUUAUGGCAACGUUGAGGAUGCCGUUGUCAUUCGCGAUCGUGACACUGGUCGUAGCCGUGGUUUCGGUUUCGUAACUUUUUCAAAUGAUGAAGAAGCUGAAGCCGCGGUCCAAAAUAUGAAUGACCAAGAAUUCGACGGACGAACUAUUAAGGUUGACCGUGCUUCAGAACGUUCUUCGUCCUCCUCUUCACGAUCUGGUGUCGCGGAUAUAACAAUCGUUAUUAAAUCUCGUAAUACUCUUGAAUCAGAUAUUCAUCAUGCACAUGUGAUGUAUUAUUUGUUCACGAACACUAUCUAA